AUGUCCCGGCCGGAUUUGCCCAUCCUUCCGCUGCGGCAGGAUGUUUUACUCAGCAAUGCCCUGUUCGAAGAGAUCGAAGAUGGGCUGACAGAGGACUUCCUACGAGAAUAUAGUGGAAACUAUGAUCUGUCGGAAGUUUCGAGUUUGGAGAUUCAGGUAGACGCUAUUGCCCAACGAGUUGAAUGCCUGGGGGAGCUCCUUCCAAAUCUGAAUCAGAUGCGCCUUAGUGGGUCACAUCUGUGCACUGUGCGUGACCUUGGCACUGGCCUGCAGAAUCUCAAGGUUCUGUGGCUUUGUAGGUGCUUCGUUCAGGACCUUGGGGGCAUCACAGCACUGCCCGUCUUAGAGGAACUCUAUGUGUCCUUCAAUGACAUCAAGGAUUUGAGUCCUUUGUUGGCACAUGAGACUCUGCAGAUCCUGGACCUGGAAGGAAAUCUGGUGGACGACCUCGAUGAAGUCACGUCUCUUGAGGUCAUCGGCUGA